AUCGAUCGGACAAUCACGGUGACAGCGUAAAGUUUUGGGACCUGAAGAUCAUGGAUUCGUCUCUUGAAGCCGCGCUAACCGGCCCUUGUUCAACGAUCCUUGACGGGCGCUUUUCCUUCCGAAGACGUGAUUUUCAGCGCCAGGUUUCGGGAAGGCUGCAAGUCACUUAAGUCGGCCAUAGCGCCGGUGUCCGUUGUCGUAGUCCGUCUGUCUAAUGCAGCCUCGAUCCUACGUUGAAGAAAGUCCAUUUCGGACCCCACUGCACGUGGAAGCUAGGAAAUAGGCGCCCUUAACCCCCUCUCCACGAUUGAGCGCUUCUCGUUGCGACCGAAGCCUUCAGUCAACGACAUCUAACAAGGCGAUUCAGGCGAGAUCGCGAUCAUGGGAUCAGAACUUGGAGUCGAUGCUAACUCCAAGGCGGAGCUCAAUCUGACUCCUGUCAGCAUCUGGUGGGUGUGCUGGACAUGCGUUUGGACGACUGUUAUUGCCAUAGGCAUGGUUUAUCUCAUCAUUCAUCGAAAUUCAACACCUCUUCGACUUCGAGGCAUCGGUCUAUCGCUAUCGGCCAUCAUUCUCCUUCAUUUAUACUGGACAUCCGUGCAAUUGGGGCUAUUGGUUGGCUCAUUGAUACCGGGGAACGCCGAAUUCUGGAUAAUGGGCACUCUCUUGCCAUGUGGCAUCGCCCUUUUCCACACAUCCAAUAGUCGCUUCAUCCAUGUUGCGAAUCUCCAGAAGAGAUAUACUCGCCCCAACAGUCGCUUGGUCGGACUACCUUAUGGGAACACCGCUUUCGAACCCAAGGCAAGCAAGGGCCUGAUCGAUCGCUUCCGACGCCUUGACUAUACCACCAAAAGUAUCAUCACUGUCGGCUUUGCAAUGUUCUUACAAAUAUUCCUUACCGCGUUGAUGUAUAUCCUUUCCCGCAAAUGGCAUCGUUCCUGGGGCAUCUCGGGCACUGAGGUUACUGGGACUGCUAUGCAGCAAAGAUUCGAGAUGGGCCGAGGCUGGGAAUGGUGGCCUGGUGUGUUUUGGCAAUUCUUCUGGUCUUGGAUCGUUGCCCCCAUUAUUCUUUGGAAGUCUCGCGAGAUCCAUGAUACCCAGGGCUGGCGAGUCCAAACCAUUGGCUGUGCUCUUGCAAGCCUCCACGCUACUCCACUUUGGCUCAUAGCUCUCUAUGUUCCUGCCAUGGAAGUGGUCAACAAGUACUGGAUACCCCCUCAGUGGAUCUGCUUGUCGAUCGUUUUCAUCGAGAUCUUUACCGUUUUACUGCCUUGCUGGGAGGUUUUCCGACAUCAGUCCCUUCACCAAGAGACCCUUGAUUUGAUUGCCGAUUGGGAGUCUAAGCAAAACGCUGCUCCCGAAACCAAGUCUUUGAAGUCUGCCACUGCAACCGUCGAGUCUAUGAUGUCGGGCUCGGUCAAAACAGACACAUCCGAUGAGAGUGUGAUGACUAUGCCUGCUCUCGAGUACGUCCUCGACCGCGAUCCAGCUUCACUGCAAAACUUCUCAGCACUACACGACUUUUCUGGAGAAAAUAUUGCCUUUCUUACGAGCGUCGCCCAAUGGAAGAGCUCCUUACAGGAUGCUUCCGAUGUCGAAGAAGAAGAGGAUCUCAAAGAGAUGCUACAAGAGCGAUACAAUGCCGCCCUGUCUAUCUACGCCGAAUUUGUCAGUCAUCAUGCCGAAUUCCCAAUCAACCUGUGCUUCCAGGACCUCUCGAAGCUCGAGAACAUCUUCGAGGGAGCCGCGCGUAUAAUCUAUGGCGAUGAGCCCGAGAUGAAUCAGAUUGCGCCCUUUGAUAUUCCCAGCUUCUCAAGGCUACCCUCGGCCAUGUCGUCCGACGCCUCUGAGAAGGAGAUUCAUGUGAAGGCAUCCGUGUUGCGAGACCAUGUAUGGUACUGGGGUGAAGUUCCCGAGGACUUCGUCAACUGCGGGCUCGGUGCGAAUGUCUUUGAUGAUGCGGUAAAGGCAGUCAAGUACCUGGUCCUCACAAAUACUUGGCCCAGAUUUGUGAGGAGUCGAAGUACCACCUCACGAUUACCAGGUACAACCGCUGGUGGUGGCUUUGAUGUUGAGCUUGCACGAGCACGGCAUGUGAAGUGAGGCAAAUCUCUUCCCAAGAAGACAUUGUUCACGAUUAUAUUUGUAAUGUACAUAACAUGUCCGGAGUUUCUUCAAUUCUUAUACCCUUUUGUUGGCUUUCAUGACUUUGCUUGGCGGUUCUAAUGAGAAGAGUGGCCGUACGUGUAGAGGUGCUGUGUCUAAUGAACCCUUUCGGAUUCUCUAUC